UACAUAUUAAUUUUAUAUGAAAAAAUACAUGUUGGUUUUGAAAAUAUCCCAGAUUAUGGGUUAAUUUAAUAAAAAGGCAGACUAGAAAUUCUAACUUUGGAAAUAAAAGGCAAAGCAAACAAAUAUUUAAUACAAAACCUCAAAUAGUUAAGUCCUCCCCAACACAUAGUUUGUUAUUACAAGCUUCUGUGUUAUUCCUAUCUCCACAACAACUAACCUAAUGUUUUACAACCAUGGAUAAUACAGUCUUAUCACUGUUAUGUAACAAAGGGUUAAACAAACUAUUCCCAACACUCUAGUUUUACAAAAGUAGUACAAAGUUGGAAACAUUAUGUUUAAAUUUUUUUGGAACUAUAGUUUUUAGCAGCAGGAUUAAGCUGGGAGCUUUUGAAUCUAAAAAUUUAAAGUUUUUACGGUUGGAAAAUUUGUUUUUAUUUUUUAAAGUUAGAAAAAAUUUUUUAAAAGCUUUUUUGGAACUUUAAACAAAAUAUAUUGUGAUGUCAUUAGCAGUGACAUCACAACCGCAUGCGAUCGUGAGAGAAAAACAUUUGUCGGAAAAUGUUUGGAUUCGGAAACCAAAACCAGGGCAACAUGUUUUGGAGAAAAUGUCUGAUUUAUCCGAUGCAAGACACUUACAUGUGCAUAGAAACGUGAAAGGAACAAUUUGUAGCGGAAAACAGGAUUAUGACAUCACAGAUCAAGAUGGAAAGCUGAUGUAUAAGGCUGUUGAAGAUUCCCACUGUUGUUGUGUGCAUUGUUGCGGCCCGGCAAGAGCUUACAAAAUUAUUGUAAAAGAUCCGCUUGGUUUGGAAUUAUUGCAGUUUCAUAGACCAGUACGAUGCUCCGACACAUGUCUGUGUUGUUGUGGUUGCGGUCUAAUGCGCAUGCGCGUCACUGAAGCGUGCUCUGACGUAGUGAUCGGUGACGUCAAGCAAAGGUGCACCUUCAUACGUGAGAAGUUUGACGUCACAGAACUUGUAGAAAACGAACAAACGACUCUGAUUGGACCGUCUGUAACCUGCCGCUGUUUCGCGAAUAUGACGUUUCAGAUUAUCGACGACAAAAAUUCCGAAGUUGGUGAAAUCUGGAAACGGUGGAAGGGCGCCCCUAACGAAAAUUAAACGAAGAUCACGAAAACUUCGGCGUGACGUUUUCUGCGAAAACUAGCAACGUUAUGAAGAUACUUCUCCUGGCCUCAGCAUUUCUAUUGAACCACGCAUUCUUUGAAAUAAGUUGAACAAUUCGAUGACGACCAAACAUUACCUACAUUCUCUGCGACUGAUGCUACUAUGACGUCACAAGGGACUUUACAAUGUGUAUUGUUGGCAAUGUAUUGUUACGUGUAUCUAGCGCAUUACAGUAGUCAAUAGAAAUCUUAUACACGUCAAAACAGCGCCAUCAACGGCGGUAAAA